CAUCCAACCCAACCCCCAGCCCUCAGCCCUCCGGAGCUCCCACAUCCAGCUCGUUCUUCUUGACAUUUUUUUUUUGUGUGUGUGUGUGUGUGUGUGUGUGUUUGUGCAAAGCAAAAACCCCAGAAACGGCUCCUCAAGAUGAGCGACAAUAAAGCGGAGAAGCAGGAAAACUCCCCCAAAGCAAAGAGCGUCAGCAGUGAGCAGAGCAGCACAGGGCAGGGACUCGGGAAGAUGAAGGAUCCUUAUGCAAACCUCGUACCUCCUAAAAACAAGCCCCGGACUCCCAAACCUCACUGUGCAAUCACCAUCGCAGUGUCUUCCCGGUGCCUGUUUAACAUGGUGAAGGAGAGGAAAAUCUACCAGGAAGAGGGCUUGGAAAGGUACGUGAAAUACCAACAGGAGCACGAAAAUGAGCCGCUGCUGAAAGGACCCGCUUUCCAAUUCGUCAAGGCACUGGAAAAUGUUAAUGGACGACUGCGUGAACUUUACCCUGACAGUGAUGAGAUAUUUGACAUUGUUCUGAUGACCAAUAACCAUGCCCAAGUAGGAGUGAGACUGAUCAACAGCAUCAAUCACUACGAGCUAUUGAUUGAAAGGUUCUGUAUGACGGGUGGAAAUAGCCCUAUUGGAUAUCUGACAGCCUAUCUCACCAAUCUCUACCUUUCAGCAGAUUCUGAGAAAGUACAAGAAGCAAUAGAGGCAGGAAUUGCAGCAGCGACUAUGUUUCAAACCAAGAAAAACCAGGAACUUUCAGAUGACCAGCUGAGGGUGGCGUUCGAUGGUGAUGCUGUGCUCUUCUCUGAUGAAUCUGAGCAGAUUGUGAAAGCUCACGGCUUAGACACCUUUUUCGAACAUGAGCAGAAGUAUGAAAACAAGCCACUUGCACAGGGGCCACUUAAAGGAUUUUUAGAAGCGCUCGGAAAACUUCAGAGGAAGUUCUAUGCCAAAGAUUUGCGUUUGAGUUGCCCUAUCCGGACCUACCUAGUCACAGCGAGAAGUGCUGCUAGUUCUGGAGCCCGGGUAUUGAAGACCCUUCGGAGCUGGGGGCUGGAGAUUGAUGAAGCGCUCUUCCUCGCUGGAGCACCAAAAGGGCCACUCUUAGAAAAAAUACGGCCUCACAUUUUCUUUGAUGACCAGAUGUUCCACAUUAAAGGAGCACAGGAGCUGGGAACCAUUGCAGCACAUGUACCGUACGGUAUUGGGCAGAAGUACAACAAGAGCACUCCCAUAGCUGAAACUCCUACUAAACAGAAGUAAACAUGCAGCACUGCAUUCCAAAUACAUAUCACAUCUUCAAGAUCUUUAUCCUUAUUGUUCAACUGAGAAUAUGAUAAAGGCCUUAUCUAUAAAGCUGAGGGUUUCUUCUGCAUAGCUCACAUUUGCACACCUAAUUUGUCCUUUGCACACUUCAAAAUCCCAUUCUCAGAUUAUUUCUCUCUUACGCUAUUUAGUUUGGGGUAAUGGAGUUGUUCACAUCAUUUAGAUUUUGCUGGCCACACUAACUUUGAAACCAUUGAACUCAUCACAAACACAUUUAAUACAUAAAAGCCUCCAAUCACCUUAUUUUGUGUUUCAUAAUUUGCCUCAAUUGUAAGCGGUUCACAAUACCUGCCAGUCCUACUUACAUUAUUUUCUGAGCACUGUGGUUUUCUCUCAUUAAACCUUCUCAGCUUUUCUACCAGGGACACUUAUAGGCCAAAUUCCAGGGAAAUGAUCACUGGUGAACUGAACAACUUCCAAAUUUAGACAGAAUUUAAAUGAUUUUCCAAGUUGCCCUGCAAUCAUAUUUUUAACACAAUGAUUUUAUGACCCAGACCUAUGGAAUUCUAGGCAUCUAGGUGCUUAGAAUAGAAUAAAAGCUUUCAAUAAUACCAUGGUUUUGUAUAGAAUAUACCUGAAUUUCUUCAUUCUUUUCGUUCUAUUUGGCACCUGUUGAAACUCAGAUUGUUCAGUUAGACAAUGAAUCAUUCAUAGAGGUUCAGAGACCUGGACAAAUGCUUUUCUAAAUCUGUGAUGUCCCUUUGAUUCAAAGCACAACAUGAAACAACUGAAGAUGAUAGAAAUUUGGAAUUCGAUUUUCUCUAGACCAAAAUCACUUUAAAACCGAUGGAUCAUUUGCUGGUUUUCAAAAAAUAUUGACCAGCGUGCACACAAUGGAAUCAAAAUUGUAGAACAGUGUAUUGCUAAACACUAUUAAGGAACUGAAUAUGUUAGGAAUACCACACUAUUGUCUCCAUGAUAGGAAAUACCAUUAAGAUUGAGAACUUCACUGCAAAGGCAAAUGCCAAUACAUGAAGAAGUUCUUUGAGGGUGUUCACUAUCAAAUCUAAGUUUAUUAGCUAGGGGAAAGUAAUUCUACAAACAAAUUAUAGGCUAUAGUGCAUUUAUGUUUAAGGAAUGUUUGUAAUAUCUGAAUAAUAUACUGUACUAGUUAAUAUUCUGUAGAUGUAGUCAGAUGUAUUGCCGGCACAAACUCAAUGGGCCGAAUGGCCUCUUUUUGUGCUGUAUGAU